AAGUAUAAAAACUUCACGUCACGCUUGUGAUCCACAGAUGCCUAUCCUAAAACUGAAAUGAUCUACACUUGGACCAAAGGGCCGCAGCACUCGGUGGAGGUUCCACCUGAGUCCUCCAGCCUGGUUCAGUACGAUCUCAUCGGCCAGACCGUCUCCAGCGAAACCAUCAAAUCCAUCACAGGUGAAUAUGUGGUGAUGACUGUCUACUUCCACCUGAAACGUAAAAUGGGCUACUUCAUGAUUCAGACCUAUAUCCCCUGCAUAAUGACGGUAAUCCUCUCCCAAGUGUCCUUCUGGAUAAAUAAAGAAUCGGUCCCAGCGCGCACCGUCUUUGGUAUGUAAUGUUUACUCCGCCUCUCUCUGGUUCUGCACAGCUGCUUCUCCUCUCUCUUCUGUCUUUAUCGCUCAUUUGAUGUCUGUAUCUG